AUGAAGCGUCGUCUCACGCGGUCUCUACCUCUUAGUCUAAGAGCAGUUAUCCUGUCACCAAUCGCCCCACCGCGCUGCCGGCUGUCCGAGUUCCCGUGCGGCGGCGGCGGCGGUGGCGGCCCUUGCGUCGCGCUCGACAGGUUCUGCGACGGCGCAGACGACUGCGGCGACAAGUCGGACGAGCCGCGCUACUGCUCUCCGUGCAACAGGACGUACUACGGCGACGUGGGCCGCACGUACGAGUUGGAGGUACGACGACCGCGGGAAGACCGCCUGCCCUUUCUCUGUCACCUCAACUUCACGGCCGCCGGCGGUGACUAUGGGGACAUUGUGCAGCUGACGUUCGACACGUUCACGGUGGGCAAGUUCGUGUCGUUCACGAGCGACGGCUGCCCGGACGGCCACAUGAGCAUCCGGGAGGCGGGCCGGCCCUCCACGGGCGGGCAGUGGUGCGGCAGCGCCUGGGGCUACACCGUCUACUACAGCGAGACGCCCUCCAUCAACCUCACCCUGCUGCUCUACAAGCUGUCCGAGCAGGGAAUCGGCUACAACUUCAACUUUAAGUUGUCGUACAAGGUGCUGCGCGAGGAGGAAGCGCGGGUGCGUUACGGCAACCUCGGCGUGCCGGCGUGGCGCGGCGACCUGGUGCCCGGCUCGUACUGCGACCGCGUGCUGGAGCGCUGCGACGCGCGCGCCUGCCGCGUGCAGUCGCCCAACUACCCGGGCGUGUACCCGCGCAACGCCACCUGCUACUUCCGCGUGGAGCAGCGGCCCGUGCCCAGCGGCCGGCACGCGCUCAUCGCCGUCAGCCAGCGCCACUCGCACAAGGUGCACAUCAAGGACCAGGUCGCCGAGUACGACCGCACGCAGCGCGUGCUCAGGGUCUGGGAGCAGUGUAACGUGGUGCAGGACUACCUGACGAUUUACGACGGCUCGUCGACGACGGAUCCGGUGCUGGUGAGGCUGUGCGGCGGCGACGCGGUGCCCGACAUCGUCAGCAGCGGGCCCAACAUGCUGCUCGAGUUCCACACCUCGCCCUACGACAACCCCUUCCACCCCGUGCCGCUCAGCUACCUGCCGGGCUUCGAACUGCAAGUUGAGGUGGUGUUUGUGGACGCCCGGUCGCAUAGCUACGUGCGCGACCGAAGGCACUGCGAGUUCCUGCUGACGAGCUUCGACGCGCCGUGGGGCGAGGUGGAGAGCCCGCAGCACUCGCUGCCGCCCAACACGACGUGCCGCUACCACUUCCAGGGCCGGCGCCACGAGACGGUGUGGCUGUCGUUCCUCAAGUUCCACCGCGCCGACUGGGACACGGGGGCGGCGGUGGCGGGCUGCGUGCGCCUGUGGGACGGCCGGCUCGACCCGGUGACCAACAGCAGCGGCGGGGGCGGCGCGGGGGCGGUGCAGCUGCUGGGCGAGUUCUGCAAGGAGGAGGCGCCGCGCCUCUGCGACCACAGCCUGCUCAGCAACAGCACGCGCCACACGCGGCCCUGCGCGCUGCCUGAGAGCUACGUGUCGUCGGGCCCGGAGCUGACGCUCGACACGUUCCAGGCUAGCGCGCUCUUCCCGCUGUCGUUCCUGCUGCGCUACGAGUUCGUCGACACGUCGCUGGAGGGCGCGCCCGCCGCCGGCGCCGAGGCCGGCCCCUGCGACCGCGUCUUCCGCUCGUCGCCGCUGUCGCCGCGCGCCGGCCGCUUCCAGUCGCCGGGCAGCGUCUUCCUGUACGGCCGCGGCGGCGCGCACAACCUCAGCUGCGUGCUGCGCUUCGAGGCGGCGCCGGGCGAGCGCGUGCGCCUCACGCUGGCGCGCGCCAGGUUCGGUGGCCGGCCGUGCCAGACGCGCCGCGACGCCGACACCGACCGCUGGUCGUGCGCCGUCCCGCCCAAACUGCCGCUCAAGAAAUUUCCCAGGAGGAAGCGCGUCGGGGUGGCGGAGCUCUCCCUGUCGGAGUACCCCUGGACGGGCGUAAAGAUACAGAGAGACUGCUUUUGCUCUCCAGUGCUCGAACCGGUCGUGAUCGACACACUGACCGCAUCAACCGUAGAGGUCAACUUCACCGUAACGUUCAUGAACAUCACACAGGACUUCAAAGACUUCUUCUUCGACGGAGAGUACGAAUUCAUCUCCAGCUCCGACGCCAGCACACCUGCCUGUGGACAGUCCAAGGAAAACGUCGUACUUCGCGGCUCCAGUGGCGAAAUACUCUUGGGCGGCGCGGCUGUCAAACCUCCCACCACUUCCGAACUGCCUAAGCUGAAGGUGGAGGAGGGUGUCCAGAGCGACUCGAACGACGUCCUGCCAUCGCGGUGCAUACACCUCCCGUGGCUCAUACAACCGGAGGACGCGCUCAAUAACUACCUGUACGUAAAGAUCGCAGGCUGGGAGCUCACUGGUGACAGACGCGACUGUCCGACGCCGAACCGCAUACUCGUGCACUCUGGAGACGGUCACCGGCCCUCGGUAGUGGUGUGUCCCGCCAGUGCUGGCGCUGCAGCAGACAACGAGGUGUCCGGAGGGGGCGUUGUGGACGUGUUUUCGGACGGCUGGGACCACCGCAGUCCAGUGCAACCGGCAGAUAUCCUUCCUGCGCUGCGGUCGCCACACGCGCGCAGUCUGGUGGUCGAGUUCCUGGAGAGGCGGCCCGGCACCAGCUAUGCCGUCACGUGGAUGGAGGUGUCACGGCGACCUCUGCUCUCGGCAUCCAGCUACCUGCUCACUGCCUCCUCUGCAGCGCCUUCGGAAUGCUUAUAUCGGUGUCCGGAGCUGAACGCCUGCAUCAGCGCGGCGCUGUGGUGCGACGGCGCGCGCCACUGCCCGUCCGGCUUCGACGAGGACGACGCCAACUGCGCGUACCAGGCGGCGGUGCCGGUGCUGUACGCGGCCAUCGGCGGCGCGGCGCUGGCGGCGCUCGUGCUGCUCGUCACGGCGACGCUGCUGGUGCGCGUCUGGAGGCGGCGCCGCGCGCGCUCCCACAAAGAAUCUGCGGACAAGAUAUAUCACAAGGAUGCCGACAGCAGUACAUCCCAGGUCUCUCACAUGACUCAAGGCAUCUCCUAG